AUGACUGAAAUUGAUGAUAUUAGUCCAUUUCGUCUGAGAAAACACCAACAGCAAGUAGAUGACUCAAAUGUCAAUGUUUUACCAAAAAAGAGUAGACAAAAAACAUCACAAAAACAACGUUCAUCGUCAAAAACAAUCGAAACAUCAACUCAAAUAUGUUCAUCGUUAAUUACUUCAGAAACCGCUGUAGCAAGAAGACGAUCAACAACAACUACAAACACAAAAGAAUUAUUAACACAACAAGCAUUGACAACAACAAAUGAACAAAUAUUGCCCAUUAUUUAUUUCGGAUGUGAAAAACGAUCAGGUGAUGAACUAUGGGAUACAACAUAUUUUUUAUCAUUAUUAUUUGAACUGUUAGAUGAAUAUAAAGUAGAUACAUAUGAAGAAUAUCGUUUAGCCGCAUUUAUCAUUUGUCGAGUAAAUGAAAUUGAUUUAAAUAUGCCUAUACCAGUACGAAUUAUUAUUCGGAUGUUAAAAUAUUUUCAAAAUGUUCGACUAAAAAUCUUAAUUCUGUUAGAACUUAUUUCAGUCGGUGAGAAAUUAACAUGUCAAAAAGGUUUAAUGCUUUUGUGGGAAUUUUCAUCGUAUGGGUAUAUGACACUAUUUUAUGUUGUGGAUCGAAUUAAAUUUUCGCUCGUGGAUAAAGCAACAAAUUGGAAAACUUUACUGUCAAUAUUUGAACCAAAAGAAAACAAAAAGCAUGCCGCUUACAUUAUACUAGAUGAGAACAAUUUUUAUAAACCCAAUAGAGCAUCAAUUAUGUGGGGCUCGUGUCAGUUAAAACGACAUUUUUAG